GCAGUAUUGCAUUCAUUAUACAGUAUUACAUAUCAUUUCAUAAGUCCAAAAAAUACACUCAGUCUACUUGAUAGUAAUGACUAUUCAAUCAAUGGUAGUGAGUAACAAUACGUCCCCCUCUGCGACACGCCUUGCUUCUUCCAGUGCUUCUCAGAUAUUUGGCCAAAAUAUUCUUUUAAAGAGUACCAAUGCUCUAAAAAUAUGUGAUUUUAAGAUUAAUCUGGAUGUGGGAAGAAGAAGCCCGAAUGUCGUUUCCCCCAAAGCUGUUACGGACUCUAGUUAUUCUCAGACCUGUCUUGACCCUGAUGCUAGCAAAAGUGUUCUUGGAAUAAUUCUUGGUGGUGGGGCAGGGACUCGACUAUAUCCUCUUACAAAGAAAAGAGCCAAGCCUGCUGUUCCAUUGGGAGCAAAUUACAGACUUAUAGAUAUACCUGUCAGCAAUUGUUUGAACAGCAAUGUAAAUAAGAUAUAUGUACUUACCCAAUUCAAUUCUGCAUCCCUUAAUCGUCAUUUGUCACGAGCGUAUGCAAGCAACAUGGGUGGCUAUAAGAAUGAAGGUUUUGUUGAAGUCCUCGCAGCACAACAAAGUCCUGAGAAUCCGGAUUGGUUCCAGGGUACAGCUGAUGCUGUAAGACAGUAUCUGUGGUUGCUUGAAGAACAAAAUGUAUUAGAAUUUCUUGUUCUUGCUGGUGAUCAUUUGUAUCGGAUGGACUAUGAAAAAUUUAUUCAAGCUCAUAGGGAGAGUGAUGCUGAUAUAACUGUCGCUGCUCUCCCCAUGGAUGAAAAGCGUGCCACUGCAUUUGGAUUAAUGAAGAUAGAUGAUGAAGGCAGAAUAAUCGAGUUUUCAGAAAAGCCAAAGGGAGAGCAAUUACAGGCAAUGAAGGUUGAUACCACCAUUCUAGGAUUAGAUGAAAACAGGGCAAAAGAAAUGCCUUUUAUUGCAAGUAUGGGAAUAUAUGUUUUCAGUAAGAAUGUUAUGUUGGAUUUACUUAGAGAGAAGUUUCCAAAGGCCAAUGACUUUGGAAGUGAAGUAAUUCCAGGUGCAACUUCCAUUGGAUUACGAGUACAAGCUUACCUGUAUGAUGGUUACUGGGAGGACAUUGGUACCAUCGAGGCUUUCUAUCAUGCAAAUUUGGGGAUAACCAAGAAACCAGUUCCAGACUUCAGUUUCUAUGACCGCUCUGCUCCAAUCUAUACACAACCACGCUAUUUACCGCCUUCAAAAAUGUUGAAUGCUGAUGUCACAGACAGUGUCAUUGGUGAGGGUUGUGUUAUCAAGAAUUGUAAAAUUCAUCAUUCUGUGGUUGGCCUUCGGUCAUGCAUAUCUGAGGGUGCGAUAAUUGAAGACACUUUGCUCAUGGGAGCUGACUAUUAUGAGACUGAUGCAGACAGAAGACUGUUGGAAGCGAAGGGUGGUGUUCCUAUAGGUAUCGGAAAGAACACACAUAUCAAGAGAGCUAUAAUCGACAAAAAUGCUCGGAUUGGAGAUAAUGUGAAGAUUGUAAAUGCGGACAAUGUUGAAGAACUAGCAAGGGAAACGGAUGGGUACUUCAUUAAGAGUGGCAUUGUGACCAUCAUCAAAGACGCAUUGAUUCCGUCAGGCACUGUCAUCUAAGACGAUGUCACACCGACCAACACCAGUUUUGUCUUGUCACAAUGUCACUGUGUGGGAUAUGCUACUCUCAUUAAUGAAUAUCUUUUGGCUUUAUUUCUUCUUUAUACCAAUCACUUCUGCUUGUUUGUUAUCUUCGUACUUGAUGAAAAGUCCAUGGUGUAAAGGAAUAUUUAACAAUAUGAUUACCUUUUAACGGAUUUCGUCCUUCAGCUCAAA